AUGGACCCCGCUUCUGUUGUUGGCUUGGUGGCGGCAUGCUCCAGCCUUACUAAACAAUGCGCGAGCGUAGUCAACACUUUGCACGGAAUUGUGGAAACCUACAAGAACGCCGAGCUUGCGAUACUCUCUAUUGCCGAAGAAUGUAGCACCGUAGAAUACGCGUGGCGCAGAAUCGCAGAAUGGGCGGAGGGUAACUUGUACAAGGUGGAAGAUUUCGAGGAACUUGGGGAAAGGCUGCAACGGUCUAUAUAUUGUGGAGAACUUGUCGUGUCAGCCUUGAAGGAGGAGAUCAUGGGUAUCCAGUCGAAUCCAAACAGUGUUAAACGUCGGAUUAGCCUGCUUUGGAACAAUGGCAUCUUCGUCGAGCAUCAAACUCGUCUUCGGGGCCAGGUCGCUGCUCUGCAGUUAUUACUCCAAGUGCUCAGCUUGCCACGUAAGAAGGACCGCCUAGAUACCCUAUCAGUCAAACACAAGGUGUUUUCGGAUGCCGACGAAAGUGCGCUCAGCAUCAUUCCAUCUGAUCGCUCGACCCGCUACUCGUUCGAAGGAAACCGAAUGAGCAUCGAACCUGACAUAGGCAAUGUUCAAUACAUACGAUUUAGCUUUGAGGAUGCUUUGUUCACGUCACACGUUUAUAAACGCAACUAUCGUUUCCCUGCGAUGAAACCCAGGAUAGACGCUGACGACCAUUCGGAGCCGCCUACUAGGAGAACGACGGAGCUCGACACAAAGGAGUCAGAUGUCGAAACUAAAAAUGAGGAUCAUGAUGAUGGUGUUAAGUCGCGUGAUGCGCAAUCGCCACGGAUCGUAUCCGCCAAUAUUAAUCCGAUAUCGGGAGAUUUACGUGCAACGCCGAAUCUGCUUACAGUCAAAAUGCUUUCUUCUAUGGACAGCGUUAGGAAUGAGAUGACCCCGAGCUCACUUCAAAGCCUGUCCAAAAUCACAAAAGCUCGCAACGAAGCCGACAAGAAGUUGAUGCUUUCCAGAGCUUUGAAAAUGGCCUACCGAGCAGUUGCUUUGGAUAAUGCUUUUAAUCACGUGGAAGCUAUGAAAUUUUACAUAGCUUCAUGCAGUUCGUUGUAUCAGAUUAUGAUCAAGUGUUCUAGGCUGGAAGAUCAAGAAAAAUUGGAAGCCAUACGAAUCACGUAUUUCAAUCGCCUCACAGAGCUUCGGUGCUUGCUUCGGACAAGGUCCAACGGAGACAUUGCGCAUUUGAAGGCUACGAGUGCGAAGAACAUAGACUUGGAUAACAAAACAAUGGAGGACAUGGAUUUGGAAUAUUUGGAUGAGAUUAUUGAAGGAGUGUGA